AUGACCGAUAUAUCAGACUAUGAUAGCGCUCCUGAAUCUUUUUUUGAUGCAGAAGAAUAUGUAGCUGAUGAAGAAAAUCAAAAAACCACCACUCGAUAUUCGAAAGUUUUAUUAUCUUCUAUAUCCAACAUUUUUUCUUCCAAUAGUGUUCGACCCGAGAUUUCUGCAAUUCCAGAGAUUUCUAUAACCGACAUGUCAGAAAGUAAAGAAGGAAAUGAGGAUAAAUCCAGGGAAAUUAUUUUAAACGGUUCCGAAUCUAAGAUAAAUAUAGAUAUAAACAUCAAGACUGAAGUUGAGGAAGAAAAUAUCAAUGAAGAAAAAAAAGAAGAAAAAGAAGAAGAAAAAGAAGAGGAAGAAAAAGAAGAAGAAAAAGAAGAGGAAGAAAAAGAAGAAGAAAUUGACAUAACAAUUUAUGUCAAAGAUCUUGAUACUGGUAAAAAUGUCCCGGCAUCAGAUCUGGAAGAGGAAAUUAAAAAAUCUAGAGGAAGCAUCAAUCCAUUAUCUUUACAAAUAUUGCAAAGAUCUGGUGGUGAAGAUGAUGAUCUUGAAAGUGAUGAUGAAAGGAAAUCUGAUAAAUCACAUAGAUCAAAAUCUUUUCUAAAACGUUUGAAAAAAAAAUCACAUCAUGAGAAAGGAACUGAAGAUGAUGAAGAAGAAGGUAAUGGGAUUACUGGAAAUAAUGUACCAGUAUUUUCAGAAAGUACUUGCGAUUACGGAAAUGCUCAACCGACUUAUAUAAAAGGACGUUCGAGAAAUAAACCAGUUAAAGAAUUUGAUAAAGUUUUUCUUGCUCAAGAAUUAAAUAAUCCAAUUUCGGAUGAAAAUAAUGAGGCGAAUUUAAAUUCUGGUGCAAUUUGGACCAUGGAAUUUAGUAAGGAUGGAAAAUUUUUGGCAACGGGAGGUCAAGAUAAAAUUGUUAGAGUGUGGGCCGUGAUUUCAAGUGAUGAAGAACGUGAACACUUUCUUGAAGGAAGUGAUGGUACAAGUGUGUAUGAAGGUAUUAGUGGAGCAAAGUUGAGAGCACCUGUAUUUCGAGGUAAACCAUUAUAUGAAUAUCGUGGACAUACAGCUGAUGUACUGGAUUUAAGUUGGAGUAAGAACAAUUUUUUACUUUCUUCGUCUAUGGAUAAAACUGUGAGAUUAUGGCAUAUUACAAGGAAAGAAUGUUUAUGCUGUUUUCAACACACAGAUUUUGUGACAGCAAUUGCUUUUCAUCCAAAGGAUGACCGUUUCUUUCUAUCCGGUUCAUUGGAUUGCAAAUUGCGUCUCUGGAAUAUACCAGCGAAAAAGGUAUCACAUUGGAAUGAAAUUCCAGAUCAACAAUUGAUAACUGCCGUGGGUUUUACUUUUGAUGGUAAAAUGGCAGUUGCGGGAAGUUUUUCUGGAUUAUGUUUAUUUUAUGAAACAGUAGGUUUAAAAUAUAACACACAAAUUCAUGUUCGAAGUACACGAGGUCGAAAUUCAACUGGCAAAAAGAUAACAGGUAUUGAGGCUAUGCCGGGAACUGUUCCUGGUCAAGAUAAAUUGUUGAUUAGUUCAAAUGAUUCAAGGAUUCGAUUAUAUAAUAUGCGUGAUAAAUCCUUGGAAUUUAAAUACAAAGGACAUGAAAAUACCUGUAGUCAAAUUCGGGCCACAUUUAGUGAUGAUGGACGUUAUAUAAUAACUGGAUCAGAAGAUAGACAUGUAUAUAUAUUUAAUACUGAUAAAUCUAUAAAUCCUCAUGAGGGAUCACAUUGGCUGAAAAAGGAUAAGAUUUGUUACGAAAGUUUUGAAGCACAUGAAGCUAUUGUAACAGUUGCAAUCUUUGCCCCAACACGAACAAAACAAUUAAUUGGUCUUUGUGGUGAUCCAAUCUUUACGAAAACAAUUAAUUCGGAGAAACAAACAUAUCCUGAUGGAAACAUAAUUGUUAGUGCGGAUUACACCGGAAGAAUAAGAGUAUUUCGACAAGAUUGUGCGUACUAUAGUUUUGGUGAUGUUGAUUCUCGUUCAAUCCGAAGCACGAGAUCAUUUAAUUCAGUGUUAGGAAAUAAUUUAAACAGUUUGUUUGUUAGACAAAAACAAAAGAAGAAUGGAGAAACCAGACCAAGAAGAAAAAGUGAUGCAUCAAGUAUAUUGUCAUUUGCAUCAAGCAUAUUAAGUACAGAUGUACCCAUAGAUGGAUCUACAAAUGCGGAUACUAUAACUGAGGAUGCUGAGCAAUUUCAAUGUAAUUGUGGGUCAACAGAUUUUAAAGCUUAUAUGUCCCAAGGAAAAUCUAAAUUAAUAUGUGCUAAUUGUAACAAAGUUGCUUAA